GAGCGUCCCGAGGGUUCCAGUAGAGUUUAUAUUGAUUUAUAGUGUGUGAGGGAUUCAUUAAUAAAAGCAGCACUAUGGCUAAUACAGAGUGGAAAGGAGAGGAGAUAAUGGAGUCUAAAGUACUCUGGUACCCGGAUUCGAAGAAGAACACACAGAUGGACCGGUUCAGGGCUCAGGUGAACCGCGACUAUGGGCUUAACCUGGGGAACUAUAACGAGCUGUAUCGGUGGUCUGUGGAGAGUUUUCAUGAUUUCUGGCCGGAGGUUUGGAAGUUCUGUAACAUCACCAGUUCCAAGAUGUACGAGGAGGUGGUGGACGUGACCAAGAGCGUAUCGGAGGCUCCCGAGUGGUUCCGAGGCAGCAGGUUAAACUACGCCGAGAACCUGCUCAAGCACCACGACCGGGACAAGGUGGCGCUAUACGCUGCAGCCGAGGGUAAGGAGGAGAUCGUGAAGGUGACGUUCAGGGAACUGAGGAGGGACGUGGCUCGCUUCGCUGCUGCCAUGAGGAAGAUGGGGGUUAAAACCGGAGACCGAGUCGUAGGGUAUCUACCUAACGGGGUUCAUGCUGUACAGGCCAUGUUAGCUACAGCCAGUAUCGGAGCGAUCUGGAGCUCAACCUCUCCUGAUUUUGGAGUCAAUGGCGUGUUGGACAGAUUCUCUCAAAUCCAGCCCAAGCUGAUCUUCUCAGUGGCCGCGGUGGUUUAUAACGGCAAACUGCACGAUCACAUGGAGAAGCUGCACAGCGUGGUGAAAGGACUUCCUGAUCUGAAGAAGGUGGUGAUCAUCCCGUAUGUACGUUCCAGACAAGACACGGACCUGUCCAACAUCCCCAACAGUGUGUUCUUGGAGGACUUCUUGGCCACCGGGAUGGAAGGAGAUCAGGAUCCUCAGCUGGAGUUCGAGCAGCUUCCCUUUUCUCAUCCUCUUUUUAUCAUGUACUCAUCCGGCACCACGGGGGCCCCCAAGUGCAUGGUGCACUCCGCAGGGGGAACGCUGAUCCAGCACCUGAAGGAACACGUUCUGCACGGCAACAUGAGCAGCAGUGACGUCAUCAUCUACUACACCACGACGGGGUGGAUGAUGUGGAACUGGUUGAUCUCCUCUCUGGCCGUUGGUGCGUCAGUCGUCCUGUACGACGGUUCUCCUUUGGUUCCGACUCCAAAUAUUCUGUGGGACCUGGUGGACCGACUCGGAAUCACUAUUUUCGGGACUGGAGCGAAGUGGCUCUCGGUUCUGGAGGAGAGGAAACUCAAACCUGUGAACACACACAGCUUGCAGACGUUACACACCAUCCUGUCGACGGGUUCUCCACUGAAACCUCAGAGUUACGAGUACGUGUACAGCAGCAUCAAACACAACGUCCUGCUCGCCUCCAUCUCAGGUGGCACGGACAUCAUCUCCUGCUUCAUGGGGCAGAACAUGACGGUUCCGGUGUACAAGGGCGAGAUCCAGGCCAGGAACCUGGGCAUGGGCGUGGAGGCCUGGGACCCUGAAGGUAAGCCACUGUGGGGUGAGAGCGGCGAGCUGGUGUGUUUGAAGCCGAUCCCGUGCCAGCCCACGCACUUCUGGAACGACGAGAACGGCAGCAAAUACCGGAAAGCCUACUUCUCCCGCUUCCAGGAUGUGUGGGCUCAUGGUGAUUACUGUAAAAUCAACCCAAAGACUGGAGGAAUCAUCAUGCUGGGUAGAAGUGAUGGAACGCUGAAUCCUAACGGGGUUCGGUUUGGGAGUUCAGAGAUCUACAACAUCGUGGAGCGGUUCGAGGGCGUGUACGACAGUCUCUGUGUACCUCAGUAUAAUUCGGAUGGAGAGGAGCGGGUCAUUCUGUUCCUGAAGAUGGCGCCGGCUCACACCUUCAACCAGAAGCUGGAAAGGGAGAUUCGUGAUGCCAUCAGGAAAGCGCUAUCAGCUCGUCAUGUACCCGCCCUCAUCCUCCCCAUCAAAGAUAUACCGUACACCAUCAGUGGGAAGAAGGUGGAGGUGGCGGUGAAGCAUGUGAUUGCAGGUAAGGAGGUAAAUCACCGUGGUGUCUUCACUAACCCCGAGUCUCUGGACCUGUACAAGAACAUUCCUCAGCUCCAGAACUUCUGAACAUCUACUGGAGCUCCUGAUCACCUGAUGUACAAGAACCUGCCUGACUCCAGAACUUCUGAACAUCUUGAGAAGCUUGAGGAACACGUCUAGAGCCCAAGACUUCUGAACUUUUACGUUUAGCAGAAGCUUUUAUCCAACGUCACUCACACGGCGCCAUUUUAGCAGAACUUUUAACCAUAACGAACCCAAACUACCAAACUUCUGCUGAGACCAGCCAGAGCUCCUCACACCUAAACCUCCAAACACCUGAUCUGGACCUUCUGAGCUUCAGAACACCUAAUGGAACCUGCAACCACACACUGGAUCUCCAUUUUUUGAGCUUGUGGACCUUCUGAAUUCCACCCAGAUGUCUUCAGUAUGUUUCAUCUGAACACCUGACAGAAACUCAAGAACAUCUGAACUUCAGCUCAGAACUUCUGAACACUUGGUGGACCUGCAGAGCUUGUAUUUGGGCAUUAGUGUGUUCUUCUAAGCUCUAGAACAUCUGAACGUUUUCUGAAGAGAUCUGCUCACAUACUGAAUGGUCUGGAGAUGUGAAUGAGCUGAUGAGCUCCAGAGCUUCUGAACACAUCUUGGAGCAGCUGGACAUCUACGAAGAACUUUCUGAAGACCUGAUGAGCUCCAGGUUCCUCAGCUGAGUGUUAGAUGUUCUCACCUGGUGAUGAAACCUGAUGUUCCUGACCUGAACUAUAAGAACCUUCUCAGAACUAAUGUUGCUAUAAAUCUUUGUAGAUUUUAUGCAACCCUGUACACCCCACACGAACCCCGCCCUUAUACUAGCCCCGCCCUCUUACUAACCCCGCCCUCUUACUAACCCCGCCCUCAUGAAUAAAUCAGUAUUAUUAUUAAAAAUACUAAUAACCACACCCCUUGUGCUAACCACGCCUUAACUGUCACCUUAUUCCCAUUCUGUAUGGCCACACCCUCAACUACACCCUAACUCAAACCACGCCCAUGUUUCAACCCCAUUCCAUUUGAUCCCCGCUUCUUUGUUCUAACCCCACCCUAUCCAAACUCACUUUAACAUCAGAAACUAUACACACACCCCUGAGCCCCGCCCUGUCCCUCAGCCAAAUCACACCUCCUAGCCCAACCCCAUUUUAUUGUAACCACGCCCAGUUCUUUAGUUUUUCUUCUUGUAUUAUUGUUUUUUUAUAUAUCCUCUUACACUCGGACUGGUUGGUCGGAUGGUUGGAUGUAUGAUGGAUGAUGGAUGGAUGGAUGGAUGGAUGGAUGGAUGAUGGAUGGUUGGAUGGUUGGUUGGAUGAUGGAUGGUUGGAUGGAGGAUGGAUUGAUGGAUGGUUGGAUGGAUGGAUGAUGGAUGGUUGGAUGGAUGAUGGAUGGAUGAUGGAUGGAUGAUGGAUGGUUGGAUGGAGGAUGGAUUGAUGGAUGGUUGGAUGGAUGGAUGAUGGAUGGAUGGUUGGAUGGAUGGAUGAUGGAUGGUUGGAUGGAGGAUGGAUUGAUGGAUGGUUGGAUGGAUGGAUGAUGGAUGGAUGAUGGAUGGUUGGAUGGAGGAUGGAUUGAUGGAUGGUUGGAUGGAUGGAUGAUGGAUGGAUGAUGGAUGGAUGGAUGAUGGAUGGAGGAUGGAUUGAUGGAUGGUUGGAUGGAUGGAUGAUGGAUGGAUGAUGGAUGGAUGAUGGAUGGUUGGAUGGAGGAUGGAUUGAUGGAUGGUUGGAUGGAUGGAUGAUGGAUGGAUGGUUGGAUGGUUGGAUGGAUGGAUGAUGGGUGGUUGGAUGGAUGAUGGAUGGAUGAUGGGUGGUUGGAUGGAUGAUGGAUGAUGGAUGGAUGGAUGGAUGAAUGGAUGGAUGGAUGAUGAUGGUUGGAUGGAUGGUUGGAUGAUGGCUGGAUGGAUGGAUGGAUGGAUGGAUGAUGAUGAUGGUUGGUUGGAUGGCUGAAUGGAUGAAUGGAUGAUGGUUGGGUGGAUGGAUGGUUGGAUGGAGGAUGGAUUGAUGGAUGGUUGGAUGAUGGAUGGAUGAUGGAUGGUUGGAUGGAUGAUGGAUGGAUGGAUGAUGGAUGGUUGGAUGGGUGGUUGGAUGGAUGAUGGAUGGAUGGAUGGAUGAUGGGUGGUUGGAUGGAUGGAUGGGUGGUUGGAUGGAUGGAUGGAUGGAUUGAUGGAUUGAUGGAUGGAUGGAUGGAUGAUGGAUGGAUGGUCAGAUGGAUGAUGUAUCAGAAGUGCACUGAUCUCAUCUCUGAAAUGAUCAGCGGCUCUUAACUUCAGAUUCAAACUCUUAUUCUUAAAGCCAUAUUUCCCAGGGUUCCCUGGCUGAGGGAUUGAGACGUAGCCUAACCUCACACAUUCCUCUGAGUUCUUUCUGUCCGUCUGUGUCCCGUCCGUAUAUUUUUGUUACGUGAUGUUUCUGGGUUUCUGUAACUCUGCUGUAUUUGAUGUAAAUGUGAAACUGAAAUGAUUUUAUUGUGAACAUAAAUAUAUUUAUAACUCAGA